AUGUCUGACGGCCAGCCUGGUUACAUCGAGUCCCACCGCUACGGCAAGGACCUCGUCAAGGUUCUCCGCGUCGUUCGCGAGAAGAAGAACGGAAAGGAGAUUCACCACUGCAUCGAGUACACUGUCCGCGCUCUGCUCGACGGUGCUAUCACCACCUCCUACACCAAGGCGGACAACACUUGCGUCGUCACCACCGACACCUGCAAGAACACUGUCAACUACUACGCCAAGACCUCUCCCUACGUUCUCGAUCCCGCCGCCUUCGCCCUGCACCUCGGCACGCACUUCGUCACCCGCUACGACCACAUCACGCGCGCCUACAUUGACCUGUACACGAAGAAGUGGUCGCGCAUCCCCGUCGAGGGCCAGCCGCACAAGUGGGCCUUCGUCCACGAUGGCGACGAGAAGCAGACCGUCUCGCUCGUCGUUGACGGCCGCGAGGGCAAGGACAAGCUCAAGGCCGACCUCAAGAUGGGCCUGAAGGACCUCCUCGUCAUGAAGACCUCGGGCUCGGCCUUCGAAAACUUCUACCAGGACGAGCUCACCACCCUUGCCCCCGUCGCCGACCGCAUCUUCUCCACCUCGGUCACCACCGAGUACUCCGUCCCCCUCCCCGCCAACAUCCCCCUCUCCAUGAAGACUGUCGGUGACAUUGCCGCCAAGCUCAACUUCCCCCGCAUCUCCGCCACCGUCCUCAAGGACACUCUCGAGGUCUUCGCCACGGACGAGUCACCCUCGGUCCAGGCUACCCUCUACAACACCGCCCAGCGCGUCCUCACCCACUGCCCCGCCGUCCAGGACAUCCGCUACUCCCUCCCCAACAAGCACUACAUUGCCGUCAACCUCAACGCCUUCAAGCUCGACAACGGUCUCGGCUACGAGGGAGGAGCGGAGGUGUUCUGGCCCGCAUCUGACCCCUCUGGUCUCAUCGAGGCCAAGAUUGCGCGCAAGGAGAAGGCGAAGCUCUAA